UCCACAGCUGUUGCUGCUGCUGCUGCUGCUGCUGCAUGAGACAAAAAAACACCAGAGGACAAGCGAGAGCCACCAUCUGCACAGAUGAAUCGUCUCCUGUGUCUGCUGGCUGCGGGUCUUUACCUGUGCUUGCAAGGCCACGUGAAUGCUGAGAGCCGCUUGAGCCUCAGUUUUAUCCAGGACGCUGUGAGGACAGCAAGGGCCACCGUGGACGAGGCCUAUGAAUACUCCAGAAAAGAGAGCGUUGACCGCGUGAAGAGGAAUGCAGCCACACCCUCGGACGUGCUGCGGCUGUUGAAGCAGCCCGCUGGUCUGACCCGCAGUGCCGUCCGUGCCGCAGACUACAUGGACGUCGCUCUGUCAUUCAUCCACGGAUCUUUGGCACGGCGGUCGAAACGCUCCAUCAACGCCACAGAUCUGAUCACAGAAGAAGACCUGGAGGUCAUCGCCGGUCUGACCGGUUGCUCGCCGCGACACCGUGUCCCUUCCUGCAUGACCACUCCCGAUUUAGACAAGUAUCGCACAGCCAGCAGCGUCUGCAACAACAGAAAAGACACUCGGAGGGGAGCUGCCAACACACCGUUCACCCGUUGGCUCCCUGCUGAGUAUCAAGAUAAAAUCACCCAGCCCAAAGGUUGGAGCCAGAGACGUAGAAUCAACGGGAACAGACUUCCAUUGGUGAGGGAGGUGUCGAACCAGAUCCUGCGCGCCGCCAACAAUGAUGUGGAGAGCGACCCGCUCUACACUCACCUGGUGACCAUCUUCGGCCAGUGGACUGACCACGACUUGACCUUCACUCCUCACUCUCCCGUCAUCCGUUCGUUCAGCAACGGUAUUGACUGUGAGAAGACGUGCGAACGCUCAGAGCCCUGCUUCCCCAUCGAGAUUCCCAGGUCAGACAGCAAGUCAGAAAAAUGCAUGCCCUUCUUCCGCUCGGCAGCAGGUUGUGGUUCCGCCAACACAGGACACCUCUUUGGCAGGAGGACUGUCCGUCAGCAGAUGAACUCUCUCACCGCUUUCAUCGACAUGGGCCAAGUGUACGGGUCGGACGAGACCAAAGCUCGCUUCCUCCGUAACCUCACCGCGGACGACGGCCUCCUAAAGGUCAACACAGAGCACAGUGACAACGGCCGCGAGCUCUUGCCCUUCGCCAACAUGAGCGCCAACAUGUGUGCCACGCGAGCACACAUGACUGGCAACAGCAGCGUCGAGGAGGUGCCUUGCUUUCUGGCUGGCGAUGAACGCUCCAACGAAAACAUCGCUCUGACCACUCUACACACACUGAUGCUGCGUGAACACAACCGUCUGGCAAAUGCCCUGUCCACUCUCAACCCUCAUUGGAAUGGAGAGACCAUCUACCAGGAGGCCCGAAAGAUCAUGGGCGCAUUCUUCCAGGUUAUUACCUUCAGAGACUACCUGUUCCACAUCGUUGGUCCAGACUUCAUUGCAAGGCAGCUGUCCACCUAUCCUGGUUAUGAUGAGAACGUGGACCCCAGCAUCGCCAAUGUGUUUGCCACCGCUGCGUAUCGCUUUGCUCACCUGAUGGUUCAACCCUUCAUGUUCCGUCUCGACGAGAAUUACGAGGAGCACAGAGAUUUCCCAAGUCCGCUGCUGCACAGGGCCUUUUUUGCGCCAUGGAGGAUCGUCUUUGAAGGUGGUCUGGAUCCAAUCCUGAGGGGGCUGGUGGGUCGCAAGGCCAAACUGAACACACAGGAGCACAUGAUGGCUGAUGAGCUGCGGGACAGACUGUUUAAAUUCUCCUCUGAGUUGGCUUUGGAUUUGGGGGCUCUCAACAUGCAGAGAGGCAGAGACCAUGGACUUGCUGGCUACAACAAGUGGCGGGGGUUCUGUGGACUCUCGAAGCCAAAGAAUCGCGCUGAGCUGGCCGAGGUUAUGAACAACACCGUUCUGGCCGAUAAACUUAUGGAUCUCUAUGGCACGGUUGAAAACAUUGACGUAUGGCUGGGAGGAGUGGCUGAGCCGUUUGUCAAUGGAGGAAGAGUGGGACCCCUGUUUGCCUGCCUGAUUGCCACUCAGUUCCAGAGGAUUCGUCAGGGAGACCGUAUGUGGUGGGAGAACGAUGGAGUAUUCACCGAUGCUCAGAGGAGAUCCCUGAGGGACACGUCCUUUGCCCGUAUCAUCUGCGACAACACUGGCAUCACUGAUGUGCCUAUGAGACCAUUCCAGUACCGGCCUCGUGGGACCGGUUACAACCAGUGCAAGGACAUCCCUGCCUUUGACCUCAGUCCAUGGAAGGAAAACAGAUCCUCAUCAGGAUCAGGAGAAUCAGAAACCAAAAUACCACCUGUUGUAGCAGCUCCAAUGCACAAAGAGGUCAAAGUUGCUUUCUCCGUACGACUCGGCAACAACUUUCCCGAAGCCGGUAAACCCAUCCCGUUCCGUGAGGAGAUCUACAAUGGACAGAAUAGCUAUAACAUAGAGACCGGCAUUUUUACCUGCCAGGAACCAGGUGUUUAUGAGUUUCAGUUCCACUGCAUGAUCUACCAGAACGCUGGCAACGUGGAUCUCAUGCACAACGGCAAACUGGUCCUGCACUCGUUCACCACGCGGCAGUCUGGCUACAUCACAGCCAGCGGCAAUGUGUACAUUAAGCUAAAGCAGGGAGACGAGGUCUACCUGCUCGCCAACUAUGGUGGCAACGGCCUGACCAGCGACAGCUUCUUCUCAGGACAUCUGUUGUUCACUGAGUAAGAGGCCCCUGAGACAACCGCAUCACCGUGACACCCUCAAAGCAGGGGAGGUUGAAGUUCAGUCGACCUUCAACCCAUAUUUUAUGUGUGCUAACGGGAACUGCACUGGCACUGAAGCAGUUUCUGACAAAAUAAAGUAGACAUACUUUUCAUUGAACCUUGCCGACAGAAAACUAUGGAAGAGUAUUAGGGCCACAUGUAUAUAGGAAUUUUGAAAGAAAGAAAAAAGUCUGAAUUUUGAAAAUAAAACAAGUCAGAAUUCUGAGAAAUCUGAGAAAUCUGGCUAAAUUCUGACUUAAAUCUCGAAAUUAUGUUGUUUUUUAGUUUUUGGCCCUAAUACUCUUUUGUAGAAAAGAAUAGGACUGUAAACAGUGUGGUAUUAUCAGACGAUGGAUUAAAAGCUUUGUGUUGAAUGACACAACGUUCAUGUUGCACUGAUGCCUGCACUGUAAAUGUGUAAAACAAUGUGAAAAAUAAGGUUAAAUCAAGAGUUAGUAUGUACUGUUAUGUUCUGCUAAAAAUGAUAUUAAUGAUUUUCUUUUGAAUUUGAAUCAUGUUACUGUAUUUUAAAAGACAGAACUCUUUGCCUUACCGCUUGACUGGAAAAUGAAUGUAUCUGAUUUAAAUAAGCUAAAAUUGCAAGCAUUGUGAUUUAUUUCUAGUUCAAUUCAAUCAUUUGGAGAACAUUUGUUAGUUUCUUCGAAUGAAAGUGUACGAUUUUGUUGAUUUUUACAUCAAUAAAGGCUUGUUUUGAAAAAAGGCUAAUACUGUAUAUAUUCUGGAAACUGUCUAUAAUGUACAUUCUAUUUUAACUUCUUUGUAGUCAUAUUGUUAAUAUAUUUCUUGGUAAUGCAUGUUUAUUAUUUUUUUAUCUUCAUCUUUACUGUCUUUGCUGCUGUGACAAUGUAAAUGUCCCCACUGCGGGACUAAUAAAAAACUGUCUUAUCUUAUCUUAA